AGUCCAACCGUUGCGUGAGUGUAAAAUAGCGUCAAUUUGAAUUUUCACUUUGUUUCACCUUUACUCUUAACGAUACGGGCAUACAUUUUGAUUUCGAUACCAUUGUUACUUUAAUUCAGUGAGAAAGUGCCAUUUCUUCGUUAUCUGCAGUUGAACUCGAGUAAUAUCGUUAUUGGCAGUAUGGAAAUAACGGAGGCUACCGCUUUCUUUUGGAAAAUGGGCAGAAUAAAAACGUAUGACAAGUGGCCUUUCAAGCAGUCUGACAAGUGCAAUGUUGAAUGUAUGGCUGCUGCUGGAUUUUAUUCUAUUGGAAACGACGAUGACCCGGAUUUGGUCGAAUGUUUUAUUUGUGGUAAACAACUAGAUGGAUGGGAGCCACUUGACGAUCCAUGGAGUGAGCAUAUCAAACAUAACUCAGAUUGCCCAUAUGUAAAAUUGAAUAAGCAGGAUGAAAAGGACUGGACAAUCGAGGAAAUGUAUGAUAUGUUUAAAAAAUAUAAAAUCAGAGAAUAUAUGCACGAGUUGGACAAAAGUAUUAUCACACUAAAAGAGGAAGCUGCACAUUUAAAGAGUAACUUAGAAAUUGUACAUAAAAGGUCACGAAAGAGUAAAAAGAGUACUAGUUAGAUUAUUGUAUUAUAUUGUGUCACAUUGACUGUUUUUGUAGCAGUGGUGAAGAAAUGUUGUCAUUUAAUACAUUCCUUCUUAAGGAUCACU